AUGGCGUAUUCAGACGACCAUCUGCUGAGACCGAAUCCUGAUGCUAUUCGCAUCAAAAGAGAGAUUGCACAUUCGGAGGCCUCUUCGAUCUUUGAAAUUGACCUCCAGGGGCUUAAAUGUGUCAUGAAGCUUUUCCACAACAACGGUGACCCAGGAUACACAAAAAAGGGCCGAGACUUGAACCGCUUUCGUUGCGAAUUAAACGCAUAUCGAAACCUUCAUAAAUAUGGCGUAUGUGCGCGUGGUUUCGUCCCUCAAUUUCAUGGCUCUCUCGAUCAGAUCGAUCCGGCCGCGUUUGAACCAUUCCUUCGCUGUUUCGCCGCCGAUAAAUUCAAACCGCAGGCAAUAUUCAUUGAGUAUUUGCCGAAUCCGGAACCCCUCAACUGUGUCAACUACUCUGAUGCUCGAUUUGAUCUUAUUAUAAAUGGAAUCAAAGAAAUACAUGCUGCCCAUGUGAAACACCAAGAUGCUUAUCCUAAAAACAUCCUUAUAGUUCCUAGUGAUCAAGAAAGAGUUGUCUGGGUUGAUUUUGAUGUUGCAACAACAUUUAAAACCUUUGGGGCUGCUGAAAAACAAUCCUGCAAAGAUGAAUAUGAGGUGUUUGCCAGCUUCAGGGACCUCUUACGACAAGAUCAAAAAGAAGGUCUUCCUCCAAACACAAAAUAUUACUAA